AAAAUAUAAUAGGACUUUACCAUCUUGAGGGUGUGAGUGUGAGUGUGGGUGUGGGUGUGAGUGUGGGUGUGGGUGUGAGUGUGGGUGUUUCUUUUCUAAAUUGACACCCACACCCACACCCAUCGUUCCAUGAUUUUUGUGAAACAUGAUUGAAAAAGUGUAUUAAAGUUUAAGAACAGAACAUUGAUAUCCCAUAUCUCGUUCCCGCUCACUUGCCAAAAAUCAUCAAUUACUACUAAUUAAUUCGUACGAAAUAUACUUUGUGUUCAUUAAUAUCAAUUCAUUUUCCAGCUAGUAGACCUCCGUUCUCCCUAAGUGUUUACAAAAGAACGUCUCCUUGUAUUCCAGUUCCAAUAGUUUAAAGUAUCAUUUCAGAUUUAAUCGUGUAUUCAACUUAAGUUAGAUAUUUACUGUACAAGUGUGGUCAUGGCCGAAGGAUUAUCUAAUGAUUUUCGUGAGUCAAUCAAAAGAAAUAAAGAAAGAGUAGCUCUCAUAUGGUUUCAGUCUUCUUCGAUUAUCGAUGCUGAAUUUAAACAAGCGAAAGACCAAAUACAAGCUAUCUGCAACUGGAUAUUUUAUUAUGAUAAUAUUGAAAGAAUUGUUACCGAUUUCCAACAGAUCGAUUUUCGAGCAAAGUUUUUUAUCAUUACCUCCAACGACGAUGCAGUGGAACUCAUCCCAAGGAUUCAUCAGAUUCGCCAAUUAGAUUCGGUAUUUCUCUUUUUGAACAAUGGCACUCAAGACCGAAAUUUCUUGAAUCAAUUUGAUAAAAUCGUAAACGUAUUCAGUCGCUGCAAUGAUCUUGUCAGCUCAGUAAAAGAAAAUAUUAUGGAUGUUGAGGAACACAUCAAAAUCUUUUCUUUCUAUAAUCAACAUGAACGAGCCACCCAAGAUAUAUCAACUGAAUCCGCAAAAUUCCUUUGGUAAUCUAGUCUGAUUAAACAUAUCUAUUCCCUGUAUAAUCUCGUUUUUCUUCUAGGUUUCAAUUAUUCAAGGAUGUUAUUCUUCAUUUACCUGAGCCUGAUACUGCUAAAGAACAAAUGAUCAAGGUUUGUCGUAAAUAUUAUCGAAACAAUCGACAAUUUCUUAAACAAAUCGAUGAAUUUCAGGAAGAUUAUCAUCAAGCUGUCUCUAUCGAUUGGUACACGAAAGAUGGAUUUAUUUAUCGACUGAUUAAUACAGCUUUGCGAACAGAAAAUAUCGAACAACUGUACAUAUUUCGAUAUUAUAUUGCCGAUCUUUCCAAACAACUUCGAGAUGAAUAUCAAAUGCUUAAACAGGGAAACAAAAGUAUGAUUGAGUUAUACCGUGGAACAAUUAUAACUCGAAACGAAGUUGAGCAACUUCAAGCAAAUGUAGGUCAACUGAUUGCUACGAAUACCUAUUGGUCAACGAGUCGAAAAAAAUCGGUUGCAUAUGCCUAUAUUAAUGGUUGUCAGAACGAUACCGAUCGAAUGGUCGUCUUAUUUCAGAUUGAAUGCAAUCUUCGAAAUGAAGAAAAUUCGGUGAUUUUUGCUGAUAUCAGUGGCAGUAGUAACUUUCCCGAAGAAAAAGAAGUUCUAUUUGAUAUCGGAGCAGUUUUUCGAAUCGAGAGCGUUGCUUCAGAAACAAUCGAUAAGACAGAUGUUUUUGUUGUACAAAUGAAAACAACGAACGAAGGCAAAGAUGUUCUUGAAGAAUAUCAAAACCAAAACCGAGAAGAAAUGGAUGUAGAAAGUCCAACGAUCAUGUUAUGCACAAUUUUGAAACGAAUGGGAAAAUGCGACCAAUCUCGUGUGCUUCUUGAACGACUUCUCGACCAUCCGAAUGGAGAAAAUCUAGUUCACAUUCACAAUCGUCUUGGUAUUACCUAUAAAGAUGAGCAUCAAUAUGACCGUGCAUUGGAGCAUUUUGAGCAAGCACUGAAACUAACCGAUUUUUCUGAUCCAUCUCAACGAAAGUAUGCCGCUUAUAUUUUCCAUAACAAAGGUUUACUUUCUGCGACAAGAAGGCAGCUUAAAGAAGCACUUGAGCUCUAUGAACAAGCGAUCACAAUGCUGAAAAAAGAGAUAAGUCCUCCGAAUACUGGCAUUGCACAAUUCUUAAGUAGCAUCGGACGCAUUUAUUUCCAGCAGCGAAAAUACCAAGAAGCACUUCAGUAUCAACAGGACGCAUUACAAAUGAGAGAAGAAUCACGUAACUGUGAGAAUAUACUUCCACCACGUGUAUGCAAUCAUAUGACUUCAAUUCCGCUUCAUUCAAAAUGUAAAAAACCGCAAUGGUCAACUCAAGCUACGACAGUUGGGUUAGGAUUGUCUCAGCCUAUGGGCUUGUUUAUUGAUCAGUACGAUACGGUAUACGUAACUGAACAUGGUACUCAUAGUAUUCAACAUUUCAUGCAAGGCUCAACAAAAGGAAUUCUUGUAGCAGGUGGAAUGGAACAGGGAUCUGGUCCUAUGCAAUUAAAUUAUCCUUCAUCAGUAUUUGUUGACAAAGAUGGUAACAUCUUUGUGUUGGAUACUAACAACUUUCGCGUACAAAAAUUUAGUCGUGGUAACCCGACUGGUGCAACAAUUGUAGGUGGAAGAGGAGAAGGAUCGGAAUUAUUUCAGUUUGGAUAUUCCUAUGGACUUUUUGUUGAUGAUCAGGAAAACAUUUAUGUAUCAGACCGUGAUAACCAUCGUGUACUCACAUUUUUACGUGGCUUUAGAAACGGAACAGCUAUCAUUUCUCCUGGUGAAUUAAACCGACCACAUGACAUUUAUCUUGAUCGGUGCAACACUUUGUAUGUCGCUGAUUUUGAGAACCAUCGAAUUCGAAAAUAUCCUAAUACUUACCAAGCAGCUGGCUCAACAAUUAUCGGCGUUGAUGGGCAAGCUGGUAGUGGUUCUCAGCAACUAAAUAAGCCGUAUUUUGUGACAGUCGAUCGUUAUGGCAAUGUGUUUGUUACCGAUCGAUACAAUCAUCGUAUCCAACGGCUAAGUAUUCGGGAUGGAACACUUCAAACUAUAGCUGGCAUAACUGGAGUUGCUGGUAACAGUUCAGAAAAUUUACAAAGUCCAGGUGGCAUAGGGUUGGAUUCAAAAGGAAAUCUCUAUGUCAGUGAUCAGGCAAACAAUAGAUUACAAAAAUUUGCUUUCGUUUCUGGUGAUCUCUGGUGUUAG